UAGCGUCUUUCUGUCUUCUUUAUCCCAAAAUUUCGGACUCUUUAGUCUCUUACUUACCACUGCUACUUUUUCUAUCUUCCAACAUAAAACCAAUUAUAAUACUAAUCAUCAUUCUCAAUCAUCACCAGAAUAAAAGUUGGAUCGAUAAUUAGCUUUUGUUAAUGACGGGCAACCGGUCCUCAUCGUCAUCGCUUCCAAGGCAAGGCAAAGGUUUGAGGAGAAGUGACAAUGGCAUCCAAACAAGGUGUGAAAUCUAGAAGGUUUGGAUUGAGUGGCUUAAAAGGUGCUAAUUCCCCUUCUUCUUCAACUACGUCGUCUUCUAAACAGGUUCUGGAUACAUCCUUUGAUGGCCAGAGCUCGCCGGCAUCUUCCUCGGCUCGAAGUAAGCAGCGGCAUUUUAAUCCGGAGACUGCAGCUGCAACGCCUCCUUUGGAGCCACAGAGAGUGAAAGAAAAUGUCACGGUGACGGUCCGAUUUCGGCCUCUGAAUCCAAGGGAAAUUCGUCAAGGAGAGGAAAUUGCUUGGUAUGCAGAUGGAGACACUAUAGUGCGAAAUGAGUAUAACCCUUCCAUAGCAUAUGCAUACGAUCGUGUCUUUGGUCCCACAACCACAACUCGUCAAGUCUAUGAUGUUGCUGCUCAACAUGUCGUUAGUGGUGCUAUGGAGGGCAUCAACGGUACGGUGUUUGCAUACGGGGUAACAAGCAGUGGAAAGACUCACACAAUGCAUGGUGAUCAAAGAUCUCCAGGAAUUAUACCCCUUGCCGUUAAGGAUGCUUUUAGCAUUAUCCAAGAGACUCCAAACCGCGAGUUUCUCCUUCGAGUUUCAUACUUGGAGAUCUACAAUGAGGUGGUUAAUGACUUAUUAAAUCCAGCAGGACAGAACUUACGAAUCAGAGAGGAUACUCAGGGCACCUAUGUUGAGGGAAUAAAGGAAGAGGUUGUACUCUCCCCUGCUCAUGCACUGUCUCUUAUUGCAGCUGGAGAAGAGCACAGACAUGUUGGGUCUACAAACUUUAACUUACUCAGCAGUAGGAGCCAUACGAUAUUUACCCUGAGUAUAGAGAGUAGUCCAUGUGGUGAAAACAGUGAAGGAGAAGCAAUAACACUUUCACAACUGAAUCUCAUCGAUCUAGCAGGUUCGGAGAGCUCUAAAGCUGAAACUACUGGCAUGAGAAGGAGAGAAGGGUCUUAUAUCAAUAAAAGUCUUCUAACACUUGGAACUGUUAUUUCAAAAUUGACUGAAGAUAAGGCUAGUCACAUACCUUAUAGGGAUUCCAAAUUGACUAGAGUACUUCAGUCUUCACUAAGUGGUCAUGGACGUGUUUCUCUUGUUUGCACCGUAACUCCAUCAUCAAGUAGUACUGAAGAGACACAUAACACAUUGAAGUUUGCUCACCGGGCAAAGUACAUUGAAAUACGGGCAUCGCAAAACAAGAUAAUUGAUGAAAAGUCACUUAUCAAGAAAUACCAACAAGAGAUUCAAUGCUUAAAGGAAGAAUUGGAACAAUUAAAGAGAGGUAUUGUCACAGUUCAACCUAAAGAUACUGGGGAUGAUGAUGACAUUGAGCUCCUAAAACAGAAGUUAGAAGAUGGUCAAGUUAAGUUGCAAUCCAGAUUGGAACAAGAAGAAGAUGCUAAAGCUGCUUUGCUAGGCAGAAUUCAACGGUUGACGAAGUUAAUUUUGGUCUCCUCAAAAGCUCCACCAUCUACAAGAUUUCCUAACAGACCUGGUCCUCGUAGAAGACACUCUUUCGGGGAAGAGGAGCUGGCAUACCUUCCAUACAAAAGACGGGAUUUAAUCUUGGACGAGGAAAAUGUUGAUUUGUAUGUUAAUCUCGAAGGAAAUGCUGCAAUAGCUGAUGAUUCUCUAAAGGGCGAAAAAAAGAUAAAGAAACAUGGACUACUAAAUUGGUUGAAGCUACGUAAACGAGAUAGUGCCUUGACAGGCACAAGUGAUAAAUCUAGUGGAGCAAAAUCAACUAGCACACCUUCUACACCUCAAGCAGAAAGCGGUAAUCAUUUGGAGUCUAGACUUUCUCAUUCUCAACCUGCAGAAAGCUCUCCCUCUGCUGAUCUUGCAUCAGAGGCAAGAGAGGAUAAAUAUAUUCACGAGGAUAGUUUAAUGGGGCAAGACACUCCUUUGACAAGCAUCAAAUCUGUUGAUCAGAUUGAUCUUCUGAGGGAGCAGCACAAGAUUUUAUCUGGAGAAGUGGCACUUCAUUCAAGUGCUUUGAAGAGGCUGUCUGAUGAAGCAACAAGAAAUCCUCAGAAUGGUCAGAUUCAUGUGGAGAUGGAAAAUUUGAAAGAUGAAAUUACAGCAAAGAGUGAACAAAUAGAUUUGCUGGAAAAACAAAUUUCUAAUUCUUUCAUUGCUUCAGACAAGAUUGAACAGUCAGGAGCUUUGCAGACUGUUGCUGAGCUGAUGGCACAAUUAAAUGAAAAAUCCUUUGAACUCGAGGUGAAAGCAGCAGAUAAUCGUAUAAUUCAAGAACAGCUUAAUCAGAAGAUUUGUGAAUGUGAAAGCCAGCAAGAAACGAUUGCCUCUCUGAAACAGCAACUUGCAAAUGCGGAGUUGAGAAAUUCCAGUCCUGUUGUCAGCCAUUCACAAAAUUUCUCAGUUACCAAAGACUAUGGUGGUGAAAUUCACCUUGACAAGGGGAAUAAGAUGAUAAACAAUUCUAAUGAAGGGAUUCAUUUGCAAGUACAGACAAAUGAGAUAGAAGAGCUGAAGCAGAGAGUGGCACAACUAACAGAAUUAAAGGAGCAGUUAGAAUUCAGAAAUCAGAAGUUGGCAGAAGAGAGUUCAUAUGCUAAAGGGUUAGCUUCAGCUGCUGCUGUUGAGCUUAAGGCACUGUCAGAAGAAGUUGCCAAACUCAUGAACCAGAACGAGAGACUAGCUGCUGAGCUAGGUGCAUCCAAGAAUUCAACCACUGAACGUAGAGCUAGUGGCACAGUCCACAAUGGGCGAAGAGAAAGCCAUGUCAGAGUUAGACGAAAUGAUCAGGGUGGAUCAAACACCAAUAUCAAGAGGGAAUUAGCCCUGAGCAAAGAAAGGGAACUUUCAUAUGAAGCUGUACUUUUAGAAAAAGAUCACAAAGAGGCCGAACUUCAAAGAAAGAUUGAGGAGUCAAAGCAAAGAGAAGCAUACCUGGAAAAUGAGCUUGCGAACAUGUGGGUCCUUGUAGCUAAGCUUAAAAAGUCACAAGGAGCUGAAACUGAAACUGAUGUUUCAGGGUCUACUAGAGAGAGUGUGCAGAUGAAUGGUUUUGAUGUUUGAUGUGAUAUUGUAAUAGUGGUUGUUGAUCCAUUAUUACAAUUUGCUUUCAAUAGGAGUGGUUUGAGAGAGAGGUGUGUAAAGAUUGUUGCUCUCUGGAAAGUGUGCUAUUUUCUUUUCCUUUUUGGUCCAUAGCCAAGCUUCGCAUUCCUUCUCCCUGCAUUCUUACCUCUAUUCUUCCAGGUGUUGAGCUAAUUUGGUUUUGGUUGACAUGUCUAAGGAAUCACAUUCAAAGCAUACAAAGUAAUGCUGCCUUCAAAUUUGCUUUCAUAAUGAACUUGCCCU